AUGUCCAAUCUCUUCAUACCAUCUUUCACCCUCCCGAUCGCCCGCUCGACACUCGCAGGCCCCUCGAGACUUCCUCAUCGGUGCUUUUCUAACAUCCCACCGGUCUCAGGACGGCAGGUAUUAGGUCGCAUAACGCCGAAAAAGAUAGCGGUACCAAGAUCAGCAGUUGAGAGUGGGCAGUACUCUGCUCCAGCAGGAUAUACCAAUAGCUCAUUGCCUAGAAGAUCGAUAUGGCGUCCGAUAGUCUUCUGCGGACUGUUAGGAGGUGGUGGAUAUGCCGCUGCUGCACUGUACACCAACAAUGAUACGCAGAAAUGGGGCGAUAAACUCGGUGGCAGCAGUUGGUGGAGAAAGGGUCAGAGUCAACCGAGUGAUAGAGAGAUACAUAGGGCGAAGCAGUUAGAGGGGGCUAGGUCCGCACAGAAGACACUCAACAACCUCCCCAACACCUUAUCCUUCCUUCCCAACUUCCUGCUCAUCCCUGUCCUCCGCACGUACGUCAUGGCAUCUGAAUUCUACCUCAACACGCCAUCAGCGCAACUCGCCCCUAUGGGUUUGAUCUUCGUCAUGGGAAAUGUAUUCGUAUGGUGGAAGCUCCGAAGACUUGAACCAUUCAUGAGGAAAUGGUGGUUACAUCGACCGAUCGUUUUCGGUACGAAGAGGGAUGAAUGGAGGAAUUGCGUUACUAUGUUUACUAGCGUUCUAUCACAUCAAUCCCUUCCACAUCUCGCAUUCAACUCCCUCGCCUUAUUCUCCUUCGGUUCCGCAGCAUACUCAUACAUAUCCUCAUCACCUUCUUUCCCAGCAUUAUCUUCAUCCACGCAUACACCUCAUUUCCUCGCUUUCCUACUUACCGCUGGACUGUUCUCCUCUCUGGGAAGUCAUCUAUGGACCAACAUAUUUAGAUACCCUGCAUUGAUGAAAGCCCUCACCCAUCCAGCUAGGAUAUCCAGUCCGCAAGCAUUGAUGUCCCAUCAAGGGAUAUUACCUUCUCUAGGUGCCAGUGGAGCUAUUUACGCCGCCUUGACGCUCACCGCUUGUGCUUAUCCCGAUUCAAGCGUGGGGAUUAUAUUUAUUCCCUUUGUCAGUGUUCCGAUAGGGAUGGGUGUGGCGGGAAUGGUCACGCUGGAUCUCAUAGGUUUGAUAAGAGGUUGGAGAUUGUUCGAUCACGUGGCGCAUCUCUCUGGAGCACUGUUUGGGUUUGUUUACUAUAGGGUAGGCAGGGAAGUAUGGCAAUGGACGAGAGAGAAGUUUGGUGCUGAACAUAAGGGAUCUGGAUUGUUUUGA